AUGGAUGAUUAUCCAGACCUCCGGCAACUGAUGGCCUCAAGAACACAGCAGUUCGUACAAUUCCCAGACCCGUUUUCAGUACGACCUUUCAAUAAUUAUAACCCCAAUAGUAGUGUCGCUGUAGGUCAGGAGGUUAAUACUCGUGGAUUGUUUGAGUUUGGUUCUGCUGCUUCUGCUCCUCCUAGUUUUAGCACAAUCAUUAGUAACACUAGUGUUGCUGCUAAUCUGAAUGGUUCUACUGCUGGUUCAUCAGUUGGUUCGUUGUAUGGCGGGUUAGAGUUGAUGAAUCAUCAGCAUGGGUGGAGUAUCAAUGGGAAUGAUGGGUCAGCCGGCAAUAACAGCAGAUGGCCAAGGCAAGAAACUCUUACUCUUCUGGAGAUUAGAUCCAGUCUCGAUUCCAAGUUCAAGGAGACUAAUCAGAAAGGUCCCUUGUGGGAUGAGGUUUCUAGGAUAAUGAGUGAAGAACAUGGAUAUCAGAGGAGUGGGAAGAAAUGCAAGGAGAAGUUUGAGAAUUUAUACAAGUACUACAAGAAAACCAAAGAAGGCAAAGCUGGGAGACAAGAUGGGAAGCACUACAGGUUCUUUCGUCAGCUUGAAGCGAUCUACGGUGACCGAAGUACCAAUCCGUUGUGCUCAACUUCAGAUCAAACCAAUUUAACUGGUACAUUAAACCCUAGUCUUCUUUAUAAUCACACCACUGCUGCUAUUAAUAAUCAAGAAUAUCAAGAAGUUAAGCUUGGUGCUGAGAGCCUUAGUUUCUCCAACAAUUCAACUGACAUGGAAACCUCCACCUCGGAGAACAAUGGAGAUGAUCUUUCAAAUUCAGCUAAUGAGAACCAAAGGUGUUCAAGGGGUGUGAAGAAGACCUGGAAGGCACAUGUGGAAGAGUUCGUGAAUUCCCAAAUGAUGAAGGUGAUGAAGGCUCAAGAAGGUUGGAUGGAGAAGAUGUUGAAGACUAUUGAAGGUAGAGAAGAGGAGAGGUUUUCAAAAGAAGAAGAGUGGAGGAAGCGAGAGGAGGAGCGGUUUAAACAACAAGUAGAUGAAUUCUGGGCUAAAGAGAGAGCUUGGGUUGAAACUCGAGAUGCUUCAAUAAUGGAGGCUGUAGGCAAAAUUAGAGGUAUGGGAACUAACAGUUACAACAACAAGGCCAAGGAUGAGAACACGGGAGGACAGCAGCUGAUGGGUGGAGGCCUAGUACCUUCAAGUUCUAAUUAUAUGAAUAUGGAAUCUAGCUCCCUUUACAUUCCCACGAACGAAGCAGAAAAUCUGUGGAACAGGUAUGGUGGGAAGCUCAGCAAGUGA